ACCAAAGUCCUCAUUGUCAUUUGGCUCCUGAUGGGCCUGGCAUCUGUUUUUAUCGCCCUCCGAGUCUUCUGCAAGUUCCAAACACACCGAGGCCUCUGGUGGGAUGAUCACAUCUUGAUCAUUUCGUGGCUGCUUCAAAUUGCCACCAAUGCUCUCGUCACCGCCUCGGUACGGUUGGGUUUCGGAAAGCAUUUUUGGGACAUCGACGAGGCCGAUCUCCUUGCAAUCGGCUUGGUGUCCAAUGUCACGGCCAGCGUGUCCAUACUGGCGGCCGUCCUGAGCAAGACAUCUUUCGCCGUAACUCUCCUCCGCAUCACCGAAGGUUACACCAAGAUCGCAAUCUGGGUCAUCAUCGCUGUCAUGAACAGCUCCAUGUGGUUGUCGGCCCUCUUUCAAUGGAUCCAGUGCAACCCGCCCCGCAAGACUUGGGAUCACUCCGUCCCCGGGACCUGCUGGGACCCGUCUGUCAUGACAGGAUACAAUGUCUAUUCAGGUGCCAUCUCCGCGCUUGGAGACGCCGUGCUUUCCCUCUUGCCUUGGAGUGUUCUCUUUAGCCUACGGAUAAAAAGGAAGGAGAAGGUUGGCGUCGGCGUUGCCAUGAGCAUGGGCAUCUUCGCCUCAGCAACCGCCAUCGUCAAGUGUACCAAGAUCCCAGAGCUCCAGCAGGGCGACCCGACUUAUCUCGCUACGGACGUGACCAUCUGGAGCUGCGCCGAGGUCGCGACUACCAUCGUGGCCGCCUGCAUCCCCGUGCUCCGCGUCCUGCUGCAGUAUAUCAAGUCCUCGGCCAAGAAGCACUCGUCUGAG